UUGUCCCUCCGAAGACACCGUCGUUGUGUACAACAAAGUUCAUGUUGAAGUGAACAUAUUAGCUAAAGCUGCUACCUUGCUCAAAGGCUGGGACGUUUCGGGAACGGUUUAAUAUACCAUAACGCACUAUACUCCAUAUUUUGCCAAGCUGAGCUAUUCUACCCAAGGAUAUUUAACGUACUGACUCGACAGACGCUGUAGGGUGACAUUGAACCUACUCCGGAGGAAGGCCCCACUACAGUCGGGGUUACGAGUGGAAGUCGGUCCCCGCUGAAGAAACAUGGAUUCGUGGGUUCGUUUCAAUGCACAGAGCCAAGCCAAAGAGAAGCUUUUCAGGGCCGUGCAGUACGCUUGCACAUUGCUGGGCUAUACGCUGCAGAAGGGCGGGACAGGCAGCGAUCUCUUGACGAAGGUCAAGCAGCUUGAAGCGCACGUGAGCCUGGUGCGGAAACUGAUGCGGCUGGGGAACUCCGCGGAGGCGCUGGAGGCCGCCAAACGGGCGAUUCACCUGUCGGACUGCGUGCUGCGGCUGUGCAUCACCGUGUCGCACCUGAACCGCGCCAUGUACUUCGCCUGCGACAACGUGCUGUGGGCCGGCAAGACUGGGCUCCUGCCCAAACUGGACCAGACCAAGUGGAGCCAGAGGUCCUUCAGGUACUACCUCUUUGCCCUCAUCCUGAACCUGACCCGGGACGCCUACGAGAUCAAGCUGCUGAUGGAGAGGGAGUCCCGGAGCGGGGGCGCUAAGGGGGCGUGGCUGAGCCCGUCGGCCCCGCCCCCGGACGGCGGGGAGCAGCCACAGAGCUCCGCCCCCCAGUUCCCGGUCCUCUCCCCCGCGGGGGCCCUGUCCCCCCGCCUGCAGCAGGAGCUCCGCCUGCUGGUGACCGUGCUGCGGUCCAACCCGCCCCUCCUCCUGGACCUGGUCCGGAACGUCUGCGACCUGUUCAUCCCCCUGGACCGCCUGGACCUGUACCGGACCGGGCCCGGGUUCGUGGGCGCGUGCGGCCUCGCCUCUUCCGUCCUCUCCCUGCUCACCAUCGUCUACCCCUGGCUGAAACUCAAACCGUAACACCCCCACCCCCCACACCCACCCCACCCCUCGCCUUCCAGGGGUACCGCACGAGACCCCCCUCAGUCUGGACUUGGUUAUUUCAGGGGAGUCGGAAGCGGAGGAGGAGAUUGACGUGUGUGUGUCACAUGGCCUGAUGAUGUCACUCUGAAGCAGCGUGUGUUUCAUGCCAGGGCAUCCCUCAGUGUUUUGCAGGGAGUAGCGUGUGUUUUUAUUCUUUUUGGAAGUGGGCAGGGUCAGGACUGGAUUCAACUACCCGUCUGCCAGAUCAGUGGGUUCCAAACCCUGUUCCUGGAGAUCUACCGUCCUGUGGGUUUUCACUCCAACCCUAACGAAGCACAGCAGCCAGAGAUCUCCUUGAGCUGCUAAUUAGUGGAAUCGACAAAAUUAGGGUUGAAAAUUAGGGUUGUAAAUCUUAAGGUAGAUCUCCAGGAACAAGGUUGGUUGCCACUGUACUAGAGUGUCUCUCACACUCACACAAACACACAGCCUGUGUUUGUUUACACUGUGCAGUAGAGGACGGUCUAGAUCCGCUAUUGUGCAGCUCAAUUUGUUUGUAAUGGUUUGAUUGUUUUGGGUGGGGGGUGGAUAUAUCUACCCUCUUCCUCCCCCUUCUUAUUAAAAUGAAUUUAAACAAACGUGGAAGUACUGGACCUAGACCACAGGCCAUAAUGCGGUUCUGUACUAUACAUACGUGUAGUUUUAACAGUUGCUACAUUUUUCAAACUUGAGUUUAAGCCAUAGUUUGUGUGUGCUUGUGUGUGAGUUUUGGAAGGGGUGUACAGUGAAAUGCUAACUCGUAUGCCGUAUGUUAAGUGUGUGUUUUAAAAGAGUGAUUUCAUAUACAGACUAAUUUUGAAAAGUGUACUGAAUUCUUGUUGGCCACACCUCAGGAGAUUGUAGUCUCUCAUACCCCCCCCCCUUUUUUUUUUUUUUUAAGGCAAUGGUAUUGUCCAUCUUCCAUUAAUUUAUGCGUUGGCCUGUUCCAAAGUCGGAGAGCGGGGUGAGCUUGCUUUGUGUUGGUGGUGAAAAAUGACUGUGAACUCCAACAGUACAAGGGCCCUCCCUCUAGCCAUGCUCAGAGAUGGCAGGCUUGGCACCGGUCGUGGUUGAGCGAGGAUGCAUGUUGCCUGUAGCCGCCGUCUGGAGAUUUAAAAUAAUUUUUGCAACCUGGUUUCACGCAAUAUUGCUUUUUUGGAAGGUGAUUGCAGACAGAUUUGUUUUUAUAAUUCAAAGAGACUUAUGGGGCACCCAAGGCUGUUCUCCGUCAUUCGAGUUUGCAUCACCGUUGUUUACUGUGUGUAACUAAUUACCGCCUGCAAUAAGUAGAUUAAACGUAUAAAUAUUUUCUUCUGGGAAAUGGCAGUUAAUGUUUGAAAAUUUAAAUCUGCUAGGAUAGUAUGGCUUGGAUGUACCCAGCGCCCACCCAAGGGUCCAAAUAAGGCAGAGUUUGAAAAUUCCUGGCAUGUCCAACCAAUCAUUUUCCCUCUUUUUCUUUUCCCCUUUAUGUAUUUUUUAUGAGCCGCCUUGGGUGCCUUUUUUUAAAGAUCAUGACCUCGCCAAACUAUUGUAAAGCUGAAUUACGAGCACAUCUGAUAUAUGUUAAAUAUUGUACGGUAUUGUAAAUGACCGUAUUUUGUAACCAAUUUAUGGUUCUGGUUAUGAAGGCCAGUGGAAUGUUACAGAUGUCUUCCUCUAAUUUUGGAGAGGGGGGAUUUCUUAGUUUUUUUUUAUUUUUUAAUAAAGCGGCAGGAUUCCAAGAAAAUUAAAAUCUCGACUGUACAACGCAAGCUAAUCUUAACGUGGCCACAUUGAUGGCAUUAAAUGCGAAUGUUGUCAUGCGAAAACAGAAUGCGAUUUUGGUUUGUGUUGUCAUGCUUUUGCUGUUAUGCCUUGCAUAAAAUUUUUGGCCGGAAUAAAUGAAUAAAUAUACGAA